CACCCCUUUCUCCCCGUCCUCUGUCUCGGAGUUGCACCGCUAAAACUCCACAUUGCGUGUUACGCAGCUCCCCCCGCCAACACUUACUACGACCGCCUAGUCAGCUGAAAAAGUUGCUACCCCCACCACUUCUUCUUCAACCAAAACACCACCACCACCACACAUUCUAGCAAAAGAGCUAGCCACCGACCACACACACUCUCCCCCUCGCACCGACAGCAUCAUGGGAGACUCUCUCGUGCACCAGGAGUAUGGCCGCACGCGUGUGCAAUGGCUCGCGUCCCUCAACACCGAAUACCACCCGCCAAAGCAGUUCAGACGCACCUCCAUCAUCUGCACCAUUGGCCCCAAGACCAACUCGCCCGAGAAGAUCAACAUGCUCCGCACUGCUGGUCUGCAGGUCGUUCGCAUGAACUUCUCUCACGGCAGCUACGAGUACCACCAGUCCGUCAUUGACAAUGCCCGCAAGGCCGAGGCCACCCAAGAAGGCCGCCCUGUCGCCAUCGCCCUCGACACCAAGGGUCCCGAGAUCCGCACGGGAAACACUCCAAACGACGAGGACAUUCCCAUUUCCGCAGGCUCCGAGAUCAACAUCACCACAGACGACAAGUAUGCCACCGCUUCCGACAACAAGAACAUGUACGUCGACUACAAGAACAUCACCAAGGUCAUUGAAAAGGGCCGCACCAUCUACGUCGACGACGGUGUGCUCGCUUUCGAGGUGCUGGAGGUGGUGGACGACAAGACACUGAAGUGCAAGGCGAUCAACAACGGCAAGAUCAGCAGCAAGAAGGGUGUCAACCUGCCCAAGACAGACGUUGAUCUCCCCGCUCUGAGCGAAAAGGACAAGGCCGAUUUGAAAUUUGGUGUCAAGAACAACGUGGACAUGGUCUUUGCCUCGUUUAUUCGUCGCGCAGAGGACAUUACCGCUAUCCGUGAGGUGCUCGGUGAGGAGGGCAAGGACAUCCAGAUCAUCGCCAAGAUUGAGAACCAACAGGGAGUCAACAACUUUGACGAGAUCCUCAAGGUCACCGACGGUGUCAUGGUGGCUCGUGGUGAUUUGGGUAUCGAGAUCCCUCCCGCCCAGGUUUUCAUUGCACAGAAGAUGAUGAUCACCAAGUGCAACAUUGCGGGUAAGCCCUCCAUUUGCGCCACUCAAAUGCUGGAGAGCAUGACCUACAACCCACGCCCCACCCGUGCCGAGGUCAGCGAUGUGGGCAAUGCUGUUCUGGAUGGCGCCGACUGUGUCAUGUUGUCUGGCGAGACUGCCAAGGGCAACUACCCACGCGAGGCUGUGACCAUGAUGCACGAGACAUGUUUGUUGGCUGAGAUUGCCAUCCCGUACUUGAACUCGUACGAUGAGUUGAAGAAGCUUGCACCACGACCUGUGCCAACCACCGAGAACUGCGCCAUGGCUGCCGUGUCUGCUUCUCUCGAGCAGAACGCUGGAGCCAUUCUCGUCCUGACCACCUCGGGUAAUACCGCCCGCCUCAUCUCCAAAUACCGUCCAGUCUGCCCCAUCAUCAUGGUCACACGCAACGCUCGCGCCUCUCGCUACUCCCACUUGUAUCGUGGUGUCUACCCCUUCCACUACGAUCAGGAGAAGCCCGACUUCAAGACCACGCCAUGGCAAGAGGAUGUUGACAAGCGUCUCAAGUGGGGCAUUAGCAAUGCCAUCAAGUUGGGUGUUCUCAACAAGGGCGACGCGGUCAUUUGUGUACAGGGCUGGAGAGGUGGAAUGGGCCACACCAACACGCUGCGUGUGGUUCCAGCCGAAGAGGAUCUCGGUCUCGAUCAGAAUGCUUAGGGUGGAAGCCGAGGCUGACACUUCUCUGAAGUCGCGAUCCCCCCCAGCCAGCACUCCACUGGCUUCGAUUCGAAGCAAGAUGCAAGGUUUUCCUUUCUCACCAGAGCCGCAGGUGGUGUCUGCUACUGCACCAGCAGCCUAGGCGGGCUCAUGACGAGCGCAUAAGGACUGAUAGAGUUUACGAAGCAAAGCUCCACGUGGACUAUACGACGAUAGACGAUACGCAUACGCACAGGCAUGAAGGGAGUCUAUGAAGUGUAUGAAGUCAAGCUGCCUGCUACUCCUUACGCGUCGCUUCUGCGUGGGAGAUUGCGAGGAGAUAUGAUACCAAUGCUGUUUCCAUG